GUGACUCGGCUUCCCGUCGCUGCUAGGGUGCUGGAUUCCGAGAGCAAGGCGCGCAGCGCGGCCGCCCGGGCGGGGCAGGGCCAGGCCGGACAGGGGGCGCUGGGGCGCCAUGCGGGAGACCCGGGCUGCCCCCUGCCGGCCCCGGCCAAGGCCCAAGCUGGCGCUGCUGCCUCUCCUGGUGCUGCUGUUCCACGGGACACGUCCUCAGGGCAGCCCUGGGCCCCUGCAGUGCUAUGGAGUUGGACCCUUGGGCGACUUGAACUGCUCGUGGGAGCCUCUUAGGGACCUGGGAACACCCUCCACGCUGCAUCUCCAGAGCCUGAAGUAUCAUUCCAACAGAACCUGGACUGUGGCAGUGCCCACUGGGCAGAGCUGGGUGACCAUCCCACGGGAACAGUUAACCACAUCUGAUGAACUCCUUGUCUGGGGCGCCGAGGCGGGGCAGCCUCUCUGGACCCCCCUGGAACCAGAACAGAAGUCUAAACCCCUGAACCCUGUUGAAAUCCAGGGCCUGGAGCUAGCCACUGGCUACGAGGUGUCUGGCCGCUGCCGAAUGGAGAAAGAAGAGGAUCUGUGGGGCGAGUGGAGCCCCAUUCUAUCCUUCCAGACACUGCCUUCUGCUCCAAAAGAUGUAUGGAUAUCGGGGAAUCCCUGUGGGACACAAGGUGGACAGAAAUUCCUGCUUCUGUGGAAGGCCCCUGGGCACUGCGUACAACUGAGCUAUAGAGUCUGGUUCCAGGUUAAAGGUCAGGAGCUGAUUCUGGAGGAGACUCCCUGCUGUAGUUCCUUCAUCCCCACCCAGGUGGAGUGGGCUGCCGUGUCUGCUGUCAAUGCCACAAGCUGGGAUCCUCUCAGCAACCUUUCUUUGGUCUGCUUGGGUCCAGGCUCUGCCCCCCAUGGCGUGGUGGUCAGCAGCAUUGCUGGGAACACAGAGCUGCUGGUGACUUGGCAACAAGGGUCUGGGGAGCCGCAGGAGCAUGUGGUGGACUGGGCUCAAGAUGGCGACCCCCUGGAGGACCUCAACUGGGUCCGACUUCCCCCUGGGAAGCUCAGUGCUCUGUUGCCAGGGAAUUUCGAAGGAGGGGUCCCCUACCGAAUCACAGUGACGGCGGUCUCUCCUGGGGGCUUGUACUCUGCCCCCUCAGUCUGGUGGUUCAGAGAGGAACUAGCACCUUUGGCAGGGCCAGUGCUUUGGCGACUCCAGGAUGCCCCCCCAGGGACUCCCGCCAUAGCGUGGGGAGUAGUCCCAAGGCACCAACUUCGGGGCCAUCUCACCCACUACACCUUGUGUGCCCAGAGUGGGACCAGGCCUUCUGUCUGCAUGAACGUGAGUGGCAACACCCAGAAUAUCACCCUGCCCAACCUUCCCUGGGGUCCCUGUGAGCUAUGGAUGACAGCGUCCACCAUUGCAGGACAGGGCCCACCUGGUCCCAGCCUCCGGCUUCACCUACCAGAUAACACCUUGAAGUUGAAAAUCCUGCCAGGUGUCAUUUGCCUGUGGGGCCUGCUCCUGAUAGGCUGUGGUGUGAGACUAGCCACCCCUGGCAGGUGCCUCCACCUGUGGCACAAGGUACUGCCCCGCUGGGUCUGGGAGAAGGUCCCCGAUCCUGCCAACAGCAAUUCCAGCCAGCCCCACAUGGAGGAGGUGCCCCAGGCCCAGCCUCCCAGAGACUUGCCCAUCCUGGAAGUAGAGGACAUUGAGCCACUACCGGUUAUGGAGCCUCCCCAGGCUUCCUCCCAGCUUGACUCUGGGUACGAGAAACACUUCCUGCCCACGCCUGAGGAGCUAGGCCUUUUGGGCCCCCCACGCAGGUCCCAUUUCUGGCCUGAACCAACCUCAGGUUAGGAAAAGGGUGCUUAUUUGACAGCUGAAGACACUGAGGAUCAGAAAGACUAAGCCUCUUGCCUGAGGACACCCAGCCAAGAAGAGCUGAGAUUGAAGGACCCCUACAGAGAAGGGCCUGGCCAUAUAUGGGAUAUAUGGAUGGAUGAGGGAGCAAAGGAAAAUAUACAAAAUCCAGAGUGGCAGCCGCUUCCCCAAAUCUGUCCUGCUGCUGUAACAGCAUAGUAGUUAGGUGGACUCCCAGCCUUCCUUGCUGCUAGGUGUGGCCAUGCACAGAGUUCUUCCUAAUGGAACGUGAGAGGUGACAUGUACCGAAGCUGGGACUGGUUGGGGCACCUCCACAUUCUCUUCCCUUUCCUGUGAGCUGGAACAUCGAGUGAUCUAGCUUCAGCCAGACCCAAGGGGAGAGUGGAGUCAAGAAAUGGAAAGGAACCUGAAUCCCUGAGUGACUACAUGGAUCGGAUUCUCCCCCAACCCCAGAAAAAUAAACUUAUUUUUAUAGUUACUGUA